GUUCUGUGCGCUGAGUCGGCUGAGAUACUUCGACCCUGCUGCGCCAAGCUUCUCCACCUGUACUGCUUUAGCAUUUACUAUUGUUACACAUCGACACGCCCAGCAGCUUUCCACUGCCAUUAUGAUGUUUAUCAAAGGCAGCGCAGACAAGGAGGCGGACAGCGCCGUGCACCGCCUCUGGGGCUUCACCAAGUCGUACGCCACGCACGUCGGCCAGACCUAUCUCGAGUUCCUCGGUCCCUUGUUGCUGCUGGUGGCGGUGAACAUGGCGGUGGAUGCGCACGACAACGAGCGCUUUGGCCUCGGCUGGCUGUACUGCACGAGCCUGAAGGACGACCGCGUCCGCGAAGAGAAGUUCCCCUCGUACGAGCCUAGCAGUGUCGCGCAGCGCCGCCGCAGCGAGGCAGCGAACGCGAUUGAGUACGCGGCCACGACGGUGUAA